GGCCUGAUGCCUCUACUCGGCCUGUCGGCCUGAUGCCUCUACUCGGCCUGAUGCCUCUACUCGGCCUGAAGCCUCUACUCAGCCGGACGCCGGCAUUCAGCCUGAUGCCUCUGCCCGAUGUGCCUCUGCCCCAUGUGCCUCUGCCCGAUGUGCCUCUGCCCGGAGUCCUGCCCGAUGUGCCUCUGCCCGGAGUCCUGCCCGAUGUGCCUCUGCCCGGAGUCCUGCCCGAUGUGCCUCUGCUGCCCGGUGUGCCUCUGCCCGGUGUGCCUCUGCCCGGUGUGCCUCUGCUCGAUGUGCCUCUGCCCGGAGUCCAGCCCGAUGUG